AUGCCUGUCUACGAUACCGAGAGUCAGUUCAAGUUUCUGAUUGCUUGUAUCAAGCAUUCCAGCGCCGGAAAGGUCGAUUUCACCAAGGUCGCCAAUGAGCUUAGAAUUGUGUCCAAGGGUGCAGCAGCGAAGCGAUAUGAGCGCCUGAUGAAGGCUCACGGCAUUUCCGCCUCUGGCAGUGGUCGUAACACCGCCACUCCAGGACCGUCAGCUCCUUCCACCCCCGCCUCCUCAGUCAAGACCGCAUCGGCCAAGAAGCGCAAGACCAUCCACUCCACCGAGGAUGCUGAUGAUGAGGAGGAGGUCAAAACUGAGAUUAAGGCCGAAGCCAUCAAGUCAGAGACUACGAAUGGCAUCAAGACGGAGUUCGAGGAAUACCUCCAAGCGAACGGUUCGUACCCCACCCCGAGCAACUCCGAGUCUGCGGCUGCUGCGACGCUUGUGACGAUGGCUGAGGGCGCUCGGCCGGGCGAGGCGAACGACGACGACGAGGUCUAUCUAAUAUGCGCCACGGAGAAGACGCACGAUGCUGCCGCUGCCUCUCAGGUCUAUUCAUAUCAGGGAUUCCCGCCGCUCGAGGGCCACUCAAUCAUCGAUCACAGUGACGUGGCUCACCAUGCCCAGUCCGCGCAGCUUGCUAUGAUACCGCCGUACGAGUUCAAUGCUGACUUUCAUCAGCCAAAGGUGUCUAAUGCUUUUAACCCUGGCUUCGAUGGUAAUUGGAUUUAUCCGCAGGAUCCUGUCUUCUACUGGAAUGACAUGAUUGGGCUGGAUGUACCUCAAAACCUCGAUCAUGCUUAA